AUGCGGUUGAUAGGGUUAAUUUUGCCGAUAACCUUUUCUAUUAUCGGGUGCCUGGCCGUUGAUGAGCCACCGGAAGUGAUCGUGGUUACUGUAGCCACAGAGGAGACUGAUGGUUUGAAAAGAUUGAUACGAUCAGCUGAAAGUUUCGACAUCAAGGUCCAUGUCUUCGGAUUGGGCGAAGAGUGGAAAGGAGGAGAUACCCGAGUUGAACAGGGCGGUGGUCAAAAGAUUAACAUUCUGAAGCGAGAGCUCGCCAAGUGGAAAGAUGAGAAAAACAAGAUGAUUAUGUUUGUCGAUGCCUACGAUGUCCUCUUCACCGCCUCGAUGGACACCGUCAUUCAACACUACUUUCAGCAUUUCUCCGAUCACCGAAUCCUCUUCGGUGCCGAACCAUACUGUUGGCCGAAUCCCGAGCUCGCCGUCGAAUAUCCACUUGUCAGCUUUGGAAAGAGAUUUCUUAACUCUGGCCUUUACCUCGGUUACGCUGCGGAUAUCUACAAAAUGUUGACGCUAAAAGAAGUGAAAGAUUCAGACGAUGAUCAACUCUAUUUCACACUGGUGUAUCUUGAUGAAAAGUUGAGGAAAGAUUUGAAAAUCGGAUUGGACUCAAUCUCACGAAUCUUUCAAAAUCUCAAUGGAGUGUCCGACGAUGUCGAGUUGCAGUUCGACGAAGAGAAUGGACAGGGACUGGCUUAUAACGCAAAUUACAACACUCAUCCGGUGAUCAUUCACGGGAAUGGACCCUCGAAGAGGCAUUUGGAUUACCUCGGGAAUUACGUGGCGCAUCGAUGGAACUCGAUGACUGGCUGUGGUUUCUGCUCGGAUCGCUCACAUCUCGAUUUGCAGAAAGCCGAUCCAUCCGCAUUCCCCCUCGUCACACUUGCCAUUUUCGUCCCAAGACCGAUUCCUUUCCUGGAAGAGUUCCUCGAAGCUAUUCUCAAGCUAGAUUAUCCAAAAGAUCGCCUAGCUCUCUUCAUCUAUAACAAUCAGCGAUUCAGCAUUCAAACGAUUUUUGAUUUCGUUAAUAAAAACGCAGGCGGUUUCUACACAAAGAAGAUCAUCAAUGGAGUGGAUCGAACGGAGAGAGAAGCAAGGCAGAUGGCGAUUGAAUUCCACAAGUUGACCGGCUCCGACUUUUUCUUUUCCGUUGACUCCGACGUGAUGUUAACGAAUCCGAAAACCCUUCAACAUCUCAUCGAGGAUGCGGUGAACUACGAUGUCGGAAUCGUGGCUCCAAUGGUUCUUCAACCCGAGAAAGUCUUCUCCAAUUUCUGGGGUGCUAUCGCUUCUAAUGGUUACUACGCAAGAAGUGAAGACUACAUGGCCAUUGUAAAGGGGAAUCGCGUCGGCUUUUGGCAGAUGCCUUAUGUGAGUGGAGCGCUGCUGCUCAAAAAGGAAAAGCUCUCUCAAAUGGAAACCCCAUUCGAUUAUCAGAAAAUCGUUGAUCCGGAUAUGUCUUUUUGUGCCUAUGCAAGGGAUCGUGGACAUUUCAUGCACGUGACAAACGAAGUCGCAUUCGGUUUUUUAAUUGUCGCCGACGAGUUCCCCGAGCACAUCAAAGCCGGCUAUAAACACCCGGAAAUGUGGGAGAUCUUCGAGAACAAAAUGCUCUGGGAAGAGCGUUACUUACAUCCAAAAUACAAGGAGACUUUGGCGGCUGAUUUAGUUCCCCAAGCUUGCCCAGAUGUCUACGAUUACGCGUUGAUGAGUGAAAGAUAUUGCGCUGAUAUGAUCGAUGAGAUGGAGACAUUCGGGCAAUGGAGUGACGGAAGCCACAGUGACAAUCGCCUCACCGGUGGCUACGAGAACGUGCCAACACGGGACAUUCACAUGAAUCAGAUUGGAUAUGAGAGACACUGGCUUUACUUCAUGAACGAGUACGUGCGACCGAUGCAGGAGAAAGUCUUUAUCGGAUAUUUCCAAAAUCCGGUCUACUCAAAUAUGAUGUUCGUUGUUCGAUAUCGGCCAGACGAGCAGGCCUCGCUUCGUCCUCAUCACGACGCCUCCACUUACAGCAUUGAUAUCGCGUUGAACAAAAAGGACCGCGACUACGAGGGCGGCGGGGUACGGUACGUUCGCUACAAUUGCACGGUGCCCGCCGAUGAAAUUGGCUACACAAUGAUGUUCCCCGGUCGUCUCACCCAUAUGCACGAGGGUCUUCCCACCACAUCCGGCACUCGAUAUAUCCUCGUCUCAUUCAUCAAUCCU